AAUGACGAGUUUUUGUAGAGAACGUAAGAAGCAUGGUGGAAGUGCAAUAUAUGUUAAAAACAAUCUGGUUAAAUACUGCAGAAUCAGAGAGGAUAUCAACAGUUUGGGAGACCUAAAUGUGAUGGAAUGCUGUGCUUUGGAAUAUUGUGAGUUAGCCUCAGUGAAAUUAAUCAUAGUGUGCAUAUAUCACCCAAAUAAGAUUGGCUCAGACAUCAACGCAUUUUUUGAUAAGUUUAUGCAUAUUCUGGAUAUAUUAUCAGUAGAGAAAAAUAAAAAAUUUGUCAUUACUGGUGACUUCAACAUUGACCUGCUCACCCCUGAGCAUAAGAAUACAGAAACUUUCAUGCAAAUUCUAGAAUCGUAUGGUCUGAUAAUAUCAAUUAACGAACCUACGAGAAUAACCCAAACUAGUAAAACUUGUCUGGACAACAUAUUCACCAAUAUUGAAAAUGGAACUGCUAAAGUAAUUCAGCCUCACCUAUCAGACCACACAGCACAGGCUUUCUUAUUCCAGCCAAUCUCCAAACCAGCAACUAUUCGGAAACAACUGAAGGUACGUCAAUAUAACGAACAGAAUAUGGCAAGUUUCUUGAAUGAACUGGAACACACAGACUGGUCCCUACUAAAGAAUUUUGGGAAUAGCGAAAUAGAUGAAAUGUGGGAAUACUUCUUCAAUACUUACAAGAGGAUUUUUGAAAACCACUUCCCAGUGAAACAGAUAGAAGUAGGAUCACAACAACGAACACUCCUAUCAAGAAUCAAAAAUAAUCCAGAAAUACAAAAUCUGAAGAAACAUUUGGAUGUCUUGUUCUUGAUAUCCAGAAAGAAUGCUAAUUUCCUUACAGAAUAUAAGAAAACAAAGCGGAUUUACGAUGAAAUGCUUGUGGAUUUGAAGAGGGCCUACUAUGGGGGUAAAAUUGCAGCAUCUUCGAAUAAAUCGAGGACGACUUGGAGUAUUCUUCACACUCUCACUGGUAAAAAUGCUAAACAAGAAUUAAUUUUGCCAUCGCAAGACUAUCAAACUGUGGUAAACAAUUUCGUUCAAUACUUUACUGUUGCAGCUUCUGAAAUCCGUAGGAACCUCCCUGCAGGUUUGACUCCACCUCGGGUCAACAAGGUGGAUAAAAGUUUCUACAUGUUUGACAUUACCAAAGACGAAAUCAUCAAAACUGUCCAAUCUAUGAAGAAUUCAUCAUCCUGCGGAAAUGACAAUAUUCCUGUCAAUAUUGUUAAAAUUUCAGUACACCUUAUUGCUGAACCACUGAUGUACAUCAUGAAUCAUGCCUACACUGAGGGAAUUUUUCCAAACGAUCUCAAAUUAGCAAUUGUCAGACCGUGUUACAAGAGGGGACCAACAACAGAUAUGGGCCUAUUCUUGGACUUAACGAAGGCAUUUGAUUGUGUUGACCAUCAGCAACUUUUAAAGAAACUGGAACUAUAUGGGAUCAGAGAUAAGCAGUUGAAACUCAUAGAAAGCUAUCUGCGAGGCCGAAGACAGAAGGUAAUUAUCCCGCACCAGGAAUGUGACUAUGAAUCAGAGGAGAUGACAGUUGAGAUGGGAGUAGUGCAGGGUAGCAUUUUAGGUCCGUUGUUCUUUCUUGUAUAUAUAAAUGAUUUACCAGAUGACCUUAAUGCUCAUGAAGAUCUGACCGAUGUGGAAUUAGAAGUUACCAUCUACGCCGACGAUACUAACAUUGUCACCUUGGACAGAGACCUACAAGAAACGUUCACACAGGCUGGGAAAAUCUUAAACUGUGUGGAAGGCUGGUGUGCUGGCAAUCAACUUCUUCUGAAUGUUACUAAAACAGAGUGCAUAACUUUUCAUACUGAAAGGCUGCUUCUUGAUCUUCCAAGUAGAAUCAACAUUGGGGGAAAUGAAGUGCAACUAUCCAGCACGGUAAACUUUUUAGGGAUUCAUCUUGAUUUAAAUUUAAAAUGGCAUAACCAUAUUCUAAACCUCAGCAAGAAACUGUAUAAGAUCACAUACACUUUGAAUGUACUCAGAUAUCAUGUAGAUAGAGAUACACUGAGGAUAUUAUACUAUUCAAACUUUCAAUCACUAAUUGCAUAUGGAAUUGUAAUAUGGGGAAACAGUAACCAUGUAAAUAGUAUCUUUAAAAUCCAGAAGCUAGCCAUCAGAAUCAUGUAUAAGAUGAAGUUUCGUGAGUCUUGUAGAACGGUAUUUAAGAAAAAUAAUCUUUUGACAAUAACUGGUCUGUACGUAUAUAAGUGUAUUCUCUUUAUAAAAACGCAUCCAGAAUUUUUCAUUGAGCAUCUCAAUAUGAACAAUACGAGACGAAGAGACCCAUACUUGUAUCCAAGGGUUUCCUUGAGUCUAGCACAGAAUAAUGCUAAAUAUAUGUGUUUGAAAUUAUUCAACCAUUUACCUGAAAACAUAAGAAAUAUUGAAAGGCAAUCUGACUUCAGGAAAAAAUUGUAUAGUUUCAUAUUAAGUACUGAACCUUACACAAUGCAUGAAUAUUUUGCUGCAUGUGACAGCUUGAGACCUUGUUAAUUUGCUGUAGCUGACCUCAUUUCUAUUUUAUUGUGUAGCCUACCCAGUGUGUACCUAUGUGAUAACUGUAGAGAUGCAAAUAAAGUAUUAGUAUUAGUAUUAGUAUUA